GAAGAUAGCAGAAGAGAAGAAGGAAGGAAUAAGAAAAGUUUUCGUAGCGACGUUUAUGAAUGUUUGUUUUUAUUUACGUGAUUGAAACAUUGAGUGUCCGCCUGCAUUUAAGAUAAGUUCGCCAAGGGAGAGCAACUGCCUUGGACACCGUCGGCUGAACUGACUCGUCGCCAUGGCGUCUCAUUCGCAGCCGCCGAACCCGCUGGCCCGGCACAAGAAGCACUUCAUGGGGGUGCCUGCCCCGCUAGGUUAUGUUGCUGGUGUAGGUCGCGGUGCCACUGGUUUCACCACCCGUUCUGAUAUUGGUCCUGCUCGCGAUGCCAACGACGUCUCCGACGACAGACACGCCCCUCCUGUCAAGCGCAGGAAGAAGGACGAGGAUGAAGACGAGGACGAGGACCUCAACGACUCCAACUACGACGAGUUCUCAGGUUAUGGAGGCUCUCUUUUCAACAAAGAUCCCUACGACAAAGACGACGAGGAAGCUGACCUUAUUUACGAAGCCAUCGACAAACGUAUGGAUGAGAAGAGAAAGGAGUACCGUGAGAAGAGACUGAGGGAUGAGUUGGAGAGGUACCGUCAAGAGCGACCCAAGAUUCAGCAGCAGUUCAGCGACUUGAAGAGAGAGCUUGGCUCUGUCGACGAAGAUGAAUGGAGGAACAUACCAGAGGUCGGCGAUGCCAGGAAUAGGAAGCAGCGUAACCCAAGGGCGGAGAAGUUCACUCCACUGCCAGAUUCUGUUUUGUCUCGUAACUUGGGUGGAGAGUCCUCCACAUCUCUAGACCCCAGCAGUGGACUGGCGAGUGCAAUCCCAGGCGUUUCCACACCUGGAAUGCUUACCCCAACGGGUGAUCUUGACUUACGUAAGAUGGGUCAAGCUCGUAACACACUCAUGAAUGUAAAACUGAACCAGGUCUCUGACUCUGUGGAAGGCCAAACACAUGUUGAUCCCAAAGGUUACCUCACUGAUUUGCAAAGCAUGAUUCCCACCUAUGGUGGUGACAUCAAUGACAUCAAGAAGGCUAGGCUUUUACUGAAGUCUGUCCGUGAAACUAAUCCAAACCAUCCACCAGCAUGGAUAGCAUCAGCCCGACUUGAGGAAGUCACCGGUAAAGUGCAGGCUGCUCGAAAUCUUAUCAUGAAAGGUUGUGAGGUUAAUCAGAAAUCAGAAGACCUGUGGCUUGAGGCUGCCCGCCUGCAACCACCAGAUACUGCUCGUGGUGUUAUCGCUCAAGCAGUGCGCCACAUUCCAACCUCUGUCAGAAUAUGGAUCAAAGCCGCAGCCCUUGAAACAGAAACCAAAGCGAAAAGAAGGGUGUACCGCAAAGCUUUGGAACACAUUCCUAACUCUGUUCGUUUGUGGAAGGCUGCUGUAGAAUUGGAGGAACCAGAAGAGGCUCGUAUUUUGCUCAGCCGAGCAGUGGAAUGCUGUCCUACCAGUGUGGAUCUAUGGUUGGCUCUGGCCCGGCUUGAAAGCUAUGAAAACGCUCGAAAGGUUUUGAACAAGGCUCGUGAGAAUAUUCCAACAGAUCGUCAAAUCUGGACUACAGCAGCAAAAUUGGAAGAAGCUAAUGGCAACACCGCCAUGGUGGACAAAAUUAUCGACAGAGCCAUCAACUCUCUGAGCAUGAAUGGUGUAGAAAUCAACCGAGAACUUUGGUUCAAGGAGGCUGUAGAAGCGGAGAAGGCUGGAUCUGUACAUACAUGCCAAGCCCUUGUUAAAUCUGUCAUUGAUCACAGUGUAGAGGAAGAGGACAGAAAGCAUACAUGGAUGGAGGAUGCAGACUCCUGUGCUAGUCAAGGAGCGUAUGAAUGCGCUCGAGCCGUGUAUGCCCAUGCUCUGAGUGCUUUCCCUAGUAAGAAAUCUAUUUGGUUACGAGCUGCAUACUUUGAAAAGAGUCAUGGAACAAGGGAGUCCCUGGAAACCUUACUUCAACGAGCAGUAGCACAUUGUCCCAAUUCAGAAGUACUUUGGCUCAUGGGAGCAAAGUCUCGAUGGCUUGCUGGAGAUGUCCCUGGUGCUCGUGGCAUUUUGUCAUUAGCCUUCCAAGCGAAUCCAAACUCAGAAGAGAUUUGGUUGGCUGCGGUCAAAUUGGAAUCUGAAAACAAUGAGUAUGAAAGAGCUAGGCGUCUUCUGGCCAAGGCUAGAGCCUCUGCACCUACACCCAGAGUGAUGAUGAAGUCAGCCAAGUUGGAGUGGUGUCUUAACAACAUUGAUGAAGCAUUGUCUCUGCUUUCUGAAGCUAUCACGAUAUUCCCUGACUUUGCAAAACUGUGGUUAAUGAAAGGACAAAUUGAAGAUCAAAAAAGAGAAAGAGAUGCUGCCAGGGAAACAUACAACAAGGGGCUGAAGAAAGUGCCUGCAGCCCAGUCUGUUCCACUUUGGUUGUUGCUGUCACGCUUGGAGGAGCAGUCUGGUUUAUUGACCAAAGCUCGUUCAGUAUUGGAGAAAGGCCGUUUGAAAAAUCCCAAAAAUCCUCAAUUAUGGCUUGAAGCUAUCCGAAUAGAAUUCCGAGCUGGUCUUAAGGAUAUUGCUAACACAUUAAUGGCUAAAGCUAUCCAGGAAUGUCCAAAUGCUGGUAUAUUGUGGGCUGAGGCAAUAUUCUUGGAACCAAGAGCUCAGCGCAAAACAAAGAGUGUGGAUGCCCUUAAACGAUGUGAACAUGACCCGCAUGUUCUGCUAGCUGUUUCUAAGCUGUUUUGGUGUGAACGCAAGAAUCAGAAGUGCAGGGACUGGUUCAAUAGGACUGUGAAAAUUGAACCUGACUUGGGAGAUGCUUGGGCAUAUUUCUACAAAUUUGAACUUUUGAAUGGAACUGAAGAAGCCCAAGAGGAUGUAAAAAAGAGAUGUAUUGCUGCAGAGCCUAAGCAUGGUGAAGCAUGGUGUGCUGUUUCUAAAGACAUUGCUAACUGGAGGUUGUCGAUUGAGCAAAUUCUUGCACUUUGUGCCAGAGAUUUGCCCAUUCCUAUAUAAUUAAUUGUACCUGUGAAUUUGUUUGUAUAUUUUAUUCCUCUGCUUCUGGUAGGAGAAAAAAAUAGAGAGAUUUUGUUUGUUACUUGUUGCACUGUGCUGUUCUGAGUGGCCUGAAAAUGUUCUGUAUUAGUAUCAAAAUCAUGAAGUAUCCAAUCAAAUUUUCAGCCAACAUGGAUUUGAUUCUUUUAAGUAUCUCACAGUAUCUUCUUUCUUUACUGUACAUCUGCCACGGUCCACAACCAGUGUUUUUGUAGAAAGUUAAGAAAACUUUGUUAUUCUGUGUGAAAUAGUGUAAAAUAAUCUUUCAAAGGGCUGUAAAGGUCUUGCAGUUUAUUAAAUUAUAGCUACACAGCUCA